AUGGUUUCUGACGAACAAGCUAAAGAAUUCGAUUCAGUGAGAUCUAAUUUGAAUAAUUCCAGCAGAACCAACCCUGUCGAACCAAAAUCAUCUCAAAAAAAUAUUAAGGUUCAACAAUUGGCUUCAUUAUACAGCCGAGAGAAGCGAAUUCAAGAAGUAAUUUGUCUAACAACUGGAAUAUGCUUUCUCAUCGUAGUGUUCGUUUUGCUUAUUCGUUCAUCAUAUUUAGCGUUAUUACCGUUAAUUGUAAUACAUGCUUUUCUCGGUAUCAUAACAGCUGAUUUUCUCGGAGGAGUUGUUCACUGGGCUGCUGAUACAUGGGGAUCUGUUGAUACUUUUGUCGGAAAGAAUUUCAUUCGCUCAUUUCGUGAGCAUCAUAUAGAUCCCGUUGCAAUGACUCGGCAUGAUUUUGUUGAAUGCAAUGGCGACAAUUUCAUGUUGAUCAUACCGAAAUUAACCCACAUCGUUUACCAACAUAUGACACUGACACCAGAUAAACUGGAUGAAAUUAUUUUGUCGCAAUGGUUUUGGUUAUUUCUGGCAUUUUAUGUCGCAAUGACUAAUCAGAUUCAUAAAUGGUCGCAUACAUUUAUUGGAUUACCACCAUGGGUUAUAAAGUUGCAAACUUGGCACAUAAUACUUCCGCGUAAACAUCACAAGCUACAUCAUAAUCCGCCACAUGAUUGUUGUUACUGCAUUACAACCGGUUGGCUAAACAAACCUUUGGAUAAAAUCAAAUUUUGGCGAGGCGUAGAGCAUAUUGUCACUGCGUUAACGGGUAUGCAGCCACGUAGUGAUGACCUCAAAUGGGCCAAAUCGUGA